CGUUUGUUCCCAGACACCAGCAUUUGAAGUACUGACAUGACUGACUGACUGGCUGACUGACUGAGAGACUCGUUGAAACCAUCCCCGACCGCUCAGGGACUGCCAACAUACAUAGCACACUCCUUCGAAGGGGAGCCCCCGGCUCUCACCUGUCACUGCCCUUGCCGACAUCUGGCCUACACCAUGAAUCCUCACAUUUCGCUGCCCCGGCCGACAGGCGGCUCCAAUUUCGGGGGAACUACGCCCUCGAGACGGAACGAGAUACGCAUGCCGCGCUUCUUCAAACGCCUGUUCAAGUUCCCGCAAAUGGACUUUGAAAUGGCCAUCUGGGAAAUGAUGUCGUUGAUCAUAGCGCCCAAGAAGGUCUUCCGCUCGAUAUAUUAUCACAAGCAAACCACAAAAACCUACCACCGCCCCGAUCCCUCCUUCACCUAUCUGCUCGCCCUCUUCCAAUUCCUCACCUCGAUCGCCUGGGCCUUUGCCUAUUCCAGUAGCUUUCCCCAGGCCAUACGCAUAUCCCUCGUCUUCAUCUUCCUUCACUUCCUCCUCUUCUCCCUCCUUACUGCCGCGUGCUUCUAUUUCUUCAUCAAGAACUUGCUGGGUCCAAACUCCAAGUUCAUCCCCGGUGGCCGCCGUCGCGGUCUCUACGACCUUGGGAAUGCGGGGGAUGCCGAUGGCAAGGAGGAAUUGGAGUUUGGGUAUUGUUGGGAUGUCAGCAUUCGGGCAUUUGUGCCGAUCUGGCUGUUCCUAUAUGUGGUGCAGUUUCUGUGUAUGCCGCUUGUAGGCACAAGUCACUGGUUGUCGCUCCUCCUUUCCAACACACUCUACCUCGUCGCCGCAAACUACUACUUCAUCAUCACAUUUCUCGGUUACAACGCCCUCCCCUUCCUGCACCACACUGAGCUGCUCUUGGCUCCGAUCGCUGUCACUACCGUGGUUUGGUUUGCCAGCCUUUUCGGCCUUAACUUGAGCAAGCACGUUGCGCCCGUCUUCCUUACUGGCGCCAAGUUGCGAGGGGCGGAUAAGACCUGAGUUGCGUUGAUUGGAUAGACCAUAUGCGCAGGUACUGGCCCGGGGGCACUAGUACAGUGGACGCUAAUGAGCGAAUGGCAAUGAAAUAUGUUGUAUUAUGAAAAGUUUAAGCGUUGCAUAGCAUCGCGUCGUGUGUAUGUGAGAUGCAUUGAACGUCUGGAAAGGUUGGUGCCACCAGUCACUAAACAGUACUGCGUUGGUCGUGAGCGUAAAGACACUCGCAUUCCCGCACAUAGACUAAAAAGAUGUUACAAUAUAAUACGUUUUUUCUUCUAAUACAGAUACAAUCUCUCACAAGCAAAUUGCAAAAGAGCAGCCCAUGGAAUCCAUAUUGGGAGCGUUUCUGGGUCGAAUGAUUUGAAUGAACAAAAAAAGUAAACGAAGAAGAGUUAACCGAUCCAUGGUCAGUGAACGCGAAC